AUGCUGUCGUUGACCAAGAAGGAUAGCGCGCCCGCUACCAGCGAUCCUGCCCUCGAAGAAGGCGGUCACAGACCCCAUGGGCGUCAGGAACUAACUACCACAAACAUUCUUGCAGUUAUUGUUGCUGGACUCGGUAGUUUCACCUUUGGCUACGCCAACAACGCCACUGCUGGAUCGUUUGCACAAACUACUUUUAUUGCCAAGUUUCUGAGCGGAUCCAAUGCAGACUCUGUCAUUUGCGGAAUCAUCGGUGGAUUCCUGGGUGGAGGUUACAUUGGCGCCAUCAUCCAGGCGCCAAUCUCGAACCGCUGGGGAAGAAAGGCUGCUACCGGAACCGGUGCUGUUCUCGUCAUGAUCUCAGCUGCACUUGAUGCCGGCGCUGUCGAUAUUGCGAUGUUUGCCGUCUUUCGCAUGACCUGCGGCAUUGGCGCCGGUAUGCUGCUCGCCAACUGUCCUGUGUACAUGAGCGAGAUAGCCCCGCCGCAUCUUCGCGGUAUGCUCGUGGGUAAUCAUGCUAUUUCGAUCGUGUGGGCAUAUGUCAUCUCCUCCUGUAUCGCAUUGGGAUUUCACUUUAUCGAAGAGUCAUACCAAUGGCGUAUGCAGUUUGUCGUUCUCACGUUCGUUGCCAUGCUCUUGGUAGCUUCGCUCUUUCUCCUGCCUGAGUCUCCGCGCUGGUUGUGUGAGCAAGAGAGAUAUGAUGACGCGUGGAAGAUUCUCAAGAAUCUCAACAAGACGACUGCCGAUCCUGAAGCAGUGACGGCUGCUGCUGAGAUGGCGCAGAUCAGGGCGCAGAUUAUCGAGGAAAGGACCCUACCACGUGGUUACGUCUACAUCUUCAAGACCCCGCAUCUGCGUCACCGCGCUUUUUGCGGUAUCUUGACUUGGAUUAUGGGACAGUCGACGGGAAUGCUGGUCAUUGCAAACCUUACUCCUACCCUGUUUGCUACUCUUGGAUAUGGUACUGUCUUGCAACUUGCUCUUGCUAUUGUUUGGUGUGUUUGCGCCAUGAUUGGCUGCUACAUCAACGCUGCCAUUAUGGAUCGCGUCGGUCGCGUUAAGCUUCUCGUCUUUGGCGGCUACCUUUGUACAGCGACUAUGAUCUGUGAGGCAGUACUCCAGAAAUACUAUCUUGAUGGACACAACAAGUCUGGUGUGAACGGUGCCGUUGCCAUGUACUUCCUCUUUGGUGUCUUUUAUGGUUCUACAGUCGACUGCGCAGCCUACGUCUAUAUAGCCGAGAUUUGGCCAACCCAUCUGCGCAGUUACGGAGUCACAAUCGGUCUCACUUCGUUCUUUGCUCUCGCGCUCGCGUUCACCACCCCUGCGUCGGCUGGCUUCUCCGCAAUCGGGUGGAAGUACUAUUUCCCCAUGAUUGCGACUUGUAUCUGCAGCACUACUGCCAUCGCCUUUGUCUGUCCUGAGACUGCUGGACUCACUCUGGAGGAGAUCAACAGAAAGUUUGGCGACAACGUCGCGCUCGAACUCAACACUGCAGAGGCAGUUGCUCAGGCAAUGAUGAAGGGAGGUGCUAUGCACUUUGAAAACGCACAGGCCAGAGAUCCGGACGAGUACCCUCUUGAAGAAAAGACGAAUUAG